GGAAGCUACUGUACAUGUACGCCACUGCGAUCUCAGCUCCGAGAAGUAUUGAAGACACCUUGAGAUUACCUUAAAGAUAACGUACAGAGAAAUGGGGAACGAGGCGUCUUCACAGAAUCUGGCAUACGGAGAGCGUCUUCAGAACGACGUUUCUGUGGAAUGGAAGCCUUCAGGACAGCCGAGCCCUUUUCCCGCCAGGGAGGGGCACUGCGCCUGUGGGGUGGGGGGCAAGCUGGUCGUCUUUGGAGGAGUCUUGGAGGGAGUUCAAGAGAGUAACGGGGUGAUCAGCUAUGACGUAGACAAAGGCACCUGGAGCAGUGUGCAGGUGAAAGGUCAGCUGCCAUGCCCUCGCUCCGCAGCUACAAUGUCGGCUGUUGGGACCAAACUCUACCUGUUUGGAGGGCUGAGUCAUGAUGUGGGGUGGCUAGACGACUUAUUUGUUCUUGACACAGAAACCUGGUCAUGGAAUGAAGUGACUGACACACAAGGUCCUGCCCCAAGUCCCAGAGAUAAGGUAGCUUCAGCCACCAUUGGCAACAAGGUCUACUUCUUUGGUGGCUUUGGCCCCAAGGAUGGGUGGGACACUGAGGAGUCCACCAUGAGUGAAGAUGAGGAGGAGGAAGAGGAUGUGGGUCAGGGGGCCAAGUUCACUUGGUAUGAUGACCUCUACAUCUUUGACACAGAUACAAACACAUGGGAAAACCCUGAACCUAUUAAGCUGGGGGCACCCACACCAAGAGCAGCCCAUGCUUUGUGUGCUAUGGGCAAAAAGCUGGUGGUCUUUGGAGGAAGAGACAGAGAGGCAAGAAAGAAUGAUCUGUAUAUUCUAGAUACAGAGACCAUGAAGUGGCAGCAGUGUAAAGUCAGCGGUCAGCAGCCAGAGCCACGUUCCUUCCACACGGCCACAGCAGUCGGUCACCGGGUGGUCAUCACAGGGGGAAGGGGUCUCCAAGACCAGCACUUUGCAGACUUCAACAUCUUUGACACAAAAACUAAAGAAUGGUUGCAGCCAGCGGUACAUGGAACCAAACCUGCUCCACGUGGCAUGCACACAGCCACGGUGGUGGCAGACCAGUUUGUUCUGUUUGGAGGGUCGUCAGAUGUAGAUCCGGAGACCAUGCAGUGUCAAAAGCGAUAUGCAGACCUCUUCUGCGUGCCAACAGAGGAGGUUCUCAGUGGGAAGUCUAUCCAGGUGACAGUGGAGGAGAACAAGGAGAAUGCCCCUGCCACCACUGCCCCACCCCAGGACGACCCCAGCCAGCCGCCCAAGGCUCCCACAUGUCCUGACCAGCCCAGAAAGCCGCGCUCCUCCAGCUGGGAGGAAGGGGAGGUCCCUGGGAUGGUAUAGGUGUGGUUUAGUGGAAGCAGUGCUGAUUGUUAGGGUGGGAGGGGGAACUUGGAAUUCUGUCCGUGGAUCACAGUAAAACAGGUGCCAAGUAGAACUGCCAAGCAUUUCCAAGGACUGUUGCCAAAAAAAUUGGAGCUGUCAGAGGCAUACACGAUACACAGAAAUGCUGGGCUGAUGUCAAGCUUAAUCAACUCCAGAACUUUUUUCCAUGUAGCAGUACUGUACAGUUUGUGUAUAUCACUAUAUAUUUGGAACAGGUCUGCACAUUCAUACCUUUUCAUGGGAUAGAGAAAUAUUUUGAAGUACCAAACACCACCAAUUUUGUAAGAUUGAUAAAUGCUGCAGCUUGUUCAUGUCCUGUAUCUCAGUUCAUGGCACAGACUGUGUGGACAUGUUUACCUCCAGGGUCUAGAUUUCCAUGAUCCCUGCUUGAGAAUUAACCAAUCAACUAGCCAGUCAUUGAUCGGUCUCUGUGACAGAUGUUUAUCUAUUUAUCGUACUGUAACAAGGAAGGAUGCUGCUGAAGUCAGCUGUAUCCAGAAGUGCUUCCUGCAGUUUAGGAGAAUACAAACAUUGAGGCUACUCUAACUAGAUAAGAUGUACUUCACUUGAUUUUAUUUGUUAAGUUGUUAUUGUUACCCACAGUACAAUAAAUGAAAGAGAGAUAGUUUUCAGAGGGCAAAAUGAUAGAUAUAUAACUGAUCAUGUAAGAUUCUGGUAAAUAAUACAGAAAAGACUGGGUAACAAAUUCCAGAAAGCUGGAGCAGUAGGAUUGUUAGACGAGGCUUUCUUCAAAGUGUCUUACAUGAACAGUGAUAUACUUUGUUUCCCUGCCACAGUAAUGUCAGUAUAACAACAGAUGUUCUGUGUCUUGGAUAACAUUAUGCUUUAGCUCAUAAGAACUCUCCUGUCUUCAUUCAUUCUUUUUUGUGUGUGAAAAGAUGCCAGCUUGAAUACUGAUGAUUUUUAAGUCUUGUUGGGAGAAGGAACCAUUGUGACAUGUGGAAAAGUAAUCUGUGAGUCAGUACUGUGACUGUUGGGCAUUGCUUGAAUGGGCAUGCCAGUAGAGCCUCCAUGUGAAAAGUGCAAGAGCAGGGCUUGAAAUAUUAACAUGCAAUGUUCAUGAACAAAUCUGAGAUUUAAGAAAAUGAAUAAAGAUACUUGUAAGUUGGCAAGCCAAAAGAAUACAGAGUAGAUACUACUACAAUGUAUUAUGUAUAUUUACAUAUACAGUGUAUUUAUGUGUAUGUAUAACAAAUAUUGCUGAAAAUGGAAACAAGAGUCAAGUAUUUUGAGCCCUGUUCGGUUGUGCAUGUUAAAACUAAAUAGUGAUGUCUUUGACUUUCCCAAGAUUUUUGUCAUGUUGUGAGGUAUUUGUACCCUAUGAGUACAUACCAGUAAUGCCUUUUUUUUAGAAUGAUUGGAUUCAAUGAUUUACAACCUUGUGUAUUAUCCGAGGUUCAGUUAACAAAGAUGAUGAUCAUGUCUCUGCUCUUAGUACUAAUUGUGCAUUCCAGAGUGUAAAAUGUGUCUUAAAGUGAAGAUGUGAAAAUAAAGACAGGACUACUGUGUUA